UCUGGUGUAAGGAAGUGUUCCAGGUUCAUUUUUCUGCAUUCUGACUCCAGUUUUUGAUGCUUGCUCCCAACUUGGAAGCUCAUCCCUCCUUCUUCCUCUUGUGAUCCACAUCUAUCCAAGGCAGUAAGAAAGCCUUAGUGCUUCCUGCUUUGGCAAUGGCAAGAGAUUCAGUCCACAGGAGCCCCUACCCUUGUGUGUGAACUUUUAGUCCCCCCGUAACCUGAUUAAGAAAAAAAAAAGUCCACGUGCUUUCCUUGCGCCCUCAAGCCACUUCAUCCUGCUUGAGAGGCCUGCCUUCCUCCCCACAGACGCCAAUUAUGAAAUCGACUCUUUCAUACCCUAUAGGCAGGAUGUACUGCCAUCAGCGUAGGGACUCCUAUGCUUGGGUCCGGGCUGUUCCGCCUCUGCGCAUCACACUGGAGCGCAUAAAUGAGAGAAGCCGCGGGCGCUGCCUCUCGUGUGGCCUGUCGGGAAACUUCCUCCCGAAGUUGGACAAUGGAGAUUUUAUGUUCUUUUGGAGGAAAGCACCGCAGAAUCCUUUACCUACUUGAUAAUUAUCAACAGAUUCACAGUCAAACCAUCGUGGACGCCCAUGGACUCCCUCGCGACCUGUAGUUCUUAGCCUGUUCCUCGAGGUCAGCGUGGGCCAGAGUACACGGUUACAGUUUGGCCAGAAAGAGCUCUUCUGGCACCUUCUCAUCUCAGGAUGUGUCCUAAAAAUUGAGAAGCAGCCCUGAGGCUCAUGUGUAUAGGGUCUUCGGGGAGAUCUAAAUUGUCAUGCCUUUUGAGCAUGUCCUGUCGUGCUGGGUUAUCUAGCCCCUAACUUCUGAGUAACUUACUGGCUCCAGGAAAUGGGUCAGGGAGAGAAUGGAAAAACCGAGUGUAAUAAAUAUUACACAAGUUAAAAGUGCUGCUUCUUGAUGAGAAUAUGUUCAUUUAUCCAGCUACCUCUGGCUCCUUCUGAUGGCCUGGAGUGCCUCAGGCCGAUGCGACAAACUGAUCCUUGUUACACGUUGGAUUUCCACAGGCCUCCUGGACUGUCAGGUUUGGUGAUGGGACUAGAAGAAACAGCUUCCGGUUCUUCACUGUGUUUUAUUCAUUAAAACCUCCUGCAGAUCUGACCCCGUGCAUCAUGGAGUGCUGAGUUAAAUGGACUCAGUGACCUUUGAGGAUGUGGCUGUGAACUUCACCCUGGAAGAGUGGGCUUUACUGGAUUCUUCACAGAAGAAACUUUAUAGAGAUGUGAUGCGGGAAACCUUCAGAAACGUGGCCUCAGUAGAGAAAAAAUGGAAGGAUCAUGACACUGAAUACAGGUGUAAAACCCAGGGGAGAAAAACAGGAAGUCCUACAGUAGGAAAACCUUGUGAAAGCAAAGAGGGUCGUCAGUGGGAAGAAACCACCAGCCAGAUUCCAGAUGUUAAUCUGAACAAGAAAACUCCGUCUGGGGUAAAAGCACCUGAAGGUCGUCAGUGUGGAGAAACCACCGGCCAGACUCCAGAUCUUAAUCUGAGCACGAAAACUCCUUCUGGAGUAAAACCCUGUGACUGUGGCGUGUGUGGAAAAGUCUUUGUGACUCAUUCAUCCCUUACUAGGCACGUCAGAUCGCACAGUGGACACAGGCCAUAUGAGUACCAUGAGUACGAAGAGAAGCCAUAUAAGUGCAAGGAAUGUGGGAAAGCCUUCAGUUACCGCAAAUCUGUUCACAGACACGAAAGGACUCACACUGGAGAGAAACCCUACGGGUGUCAGGAAUGUGGGAAGGCUUUCACGUGGCUCACAACUUUUCGAAGACACAUGAUAACUCACACGGGAGAUGGACCUUUUAAGUGUAAAGACUGCGGGAAGGCUUUCAGUUGCUCCACGUCAUUGCGGACACAUGAAAGGACGCACACUGGAGAGAAACCCUAUCAGUGUAAACAGUGUGGGAAAUCCCUCAGGUCCCCGCUAGGUUUGCGAAUACACGAAAGGAAUCACAGCGGGGAGAAGCCCUAUGAGUGUCAGCAGUGCGGAAAAGCCCUCAGUUGCCCCAGCUCCUUUCGAAGACACGAAAGGACUCACACCGCCGAGAAACAGUACGAAUGUAAGCAGUGUGAGAAAACCUUCAGUUCCCCUCUGGGUUUGCGAAUACAUGAAAGAAUUCACACCGGGGAGAAACCGUAUGAAUGUAAGGAAUGCGGGAAAGCCUUCGUCUCUCUGUCAAGCAUUCGAACGCACAUGAUCACGCACACCGGCGACGGGCCUUACAAAUGCAAGGAAUGCGGGAAGGCCUUCAUUUGCCCCAGUUCCUUUCGCUCCCACGAAAGGACACACACCGGAGAGAAGCCCUAUGAGUGUAAACAGUGUGGGAAAACCUUCAGUUGGCCCAGUUCCUUCCGAAUCCACGAGAGGACUCACACAGGGGAGAAACCCUACGCGUGUAAGGAGUGCGGGAAAACCUUCAUUUAUCGCACCACCUUUCAGGGACACGUGAGAAAGCACACUGGAGAGAAACCCUAUAAGUGUAAAGAGUGUGGGAAAGCCUUCAUUUCUCCCUCGAGCGUUCGAACGCACAUGAUCAUGCACACGGGAGAUGGGCCUUAUAAGUGUAAGGAGUGCGGGAAAGCCUUCAAUUUCCCCAGUUCCUUUCGCAUCCAUGAAAGGACUCACACGGGAGAGAAGCCCUACGAGUGUAAACAGUGUGGAAGAGCCUUCAGUUGUUACACGUCCUUCCGGACACAUGAAAAAACUCACACUGGAGAGAAACCCUAUGAGUGUAAGGAAUGCGGGAAAGCCUUCAUUUAUCGCACUACCUUUCGAGGACACAUGAGAAUGCACACGGGAGAGAAACCCUACAAAUGUAAAGAAUGCGGGAAAGCCUUCAGUCGUCCCAAUUCCUUUCGAAGGCAUGAAAGAUCUCACACCGAGUAGAAACCUCCUGAAGGUAAGCCGUGUGGGGAGAAACGUUUGCUCUUCAUCCUUACGUGUGAAAACCCCCGCUGGAAAGAAACACGAUAAAUCUAAGAAGGCCUGACACAAAUCAGUCCGUGUAUAGUGUUCCAGAAAACUGUAACGUGAAAGAAUCAUUAUAAAAGCUAUAAAUAUAUUGUCUUGAUCAGUGCCUCAUUCUUACGGCAGACCUCUGGACUCCGGGUAUUUACUGCUUGCUUCCAGCAAUGAACACUGAGGUGAGAGAAUUCUGCAAAUACUCUUUUCUUUAAGCAAUAGAUGAUUGUUUUCUCCAUAAAUCGGUAACACUUACCUCUUUCCAUUCUUGAGCUUGUUUGAUCCAAGGGUGAAGUGAAGUGGUUUCUAAACAGGUUUAAUUGUUAUACGAUGUUUCAAUUGAAUCAUGGAUCAAUGACAUUGAGGCAUUUGUUGGGAUUUUCCUGCUGGCCACCUGUGUCAGCCGCCAGAUAUCCCUUACCCAUCAUGUAUUCCAUCAUUCUUACGAGAAAACCAAUUCUUGUUUUGGCCAAAAGAGCCUUAUCCUGUUUUCCCUGUUAGUAAAAAGACGGCAUAAGUUUGCAAAUAUGCAGAGUUUAUCUUGUAGCCUGAUGUGUGUUCCCUUUGUCAUUCCUUCUGGCUGGAAUCUGAAUAAUCCACUUUGCAUUAAGACAGACCUAUCACUGGAUAAUAGAAUGCAGAAUUGGGAGAUGGCUCUCUCACGUUCUGUCACCUAGGGAAUGAGACAUUUUCUACAAUCUGUGUCCUCUGUGAUUCCAUGUCAGAAUUCACCUGUCGCCUCACUUGUAGGGGAUCUGGAAGGUGGUACAGGAGGCAUCAGGUUUCAGAGCCACCAUACAGAGAGACGGAUGGAUGCGCAGGAGCUUUGAGGAUACCCGCUUGCAGCCUGUGUUCCCGAUUCCCUGCCCUGCCAAUCAAGAGUGCCCUCAGAGCCAGUUCACUGCUUGACUUCAUCUUCCCAGAGGUAUAGGUUUCCACAGAUACCUCCCCACGCUCCACAUAAAAGGUCCGUCACAGUCUAGGGGACUGUGGGGAUGUGCCCACCAGGCAACUAAUUUGAACUUUCGUGGUUGGGAGUAUUCUCUGAUGCUCAGACUCUCCUCUCCUCUCCAGAUUAUAGUCAUACAAGCUCUUAUUUGCAUAGUGAACACCUUGUUCUGCUAAUACCACGAGUGACCAUGUAUUCCUGACUCCACUACGGUGAUGCAGUCCAUAGAACCACAGGUGACGCUGCUCCUGCACCUGCCCUGACCCUGCCCUUCCCUGGAGGACUGGCGCCUUCCUCCCGUCAGGCAGGUUAUGGAGGAGGGUUCCCUUUGCUCGCAGCUGUGCGUAAUUCCUCGGUAUGGUUUCGAGUAUGUUCGGGCGUAUGUGAUUAAAAGCAGUGCAUCUGUCAAAAUGUUUCUGAAAACGUGUUAUUAACUGUUUUAAUACAGUCUGUAUGCUAACAGAAUAGAACAGCCCCUGCGGGCAGUACACAGUCUUCCUGGACACGGAGGCUCUCGCAGGCCCU